UGCAGGCCGAGGGGCGUCGUCACAUGCGUGUGUGCGCUCUUUUUUUGCAUCCCCUCUAUGCGUCGUUCUCCUCCAACCAACUCCCUCUCCAACGACCAUGCAUUGUCAUUAUGGCAACGCUCCUACGUCAACCUCACCUUAAUCCAGCACCGAGUUGAACCUCGCCAUGUCCGAGUAUUGGAAGUCUACGCCCAAAUACUGGUGCAAACAUUGCAGCACCUACGUGAAAGACACCCCUCUCGAACGCAAGCAACACGAAGCCACCGGAAAGCAUCAGGGCAACCUUAGACGAUUUCUUCGAGACAUCCAAAAUAAUCAUGAACGAGGCGAGCGCGACAAGGAGAGGGCCAAGGCAGAAGUCGAGCGUCUGAAAGGCUCUCAAAAUGCAUCAACAACCAAGACUCCAUCCGUGCCUGCUACACAGCGCCAAUCCACUUCUGGGCCACUCUCAGCCGCCGAUCAGAAGCGACAAUGGUCUCAACUUGCAGAGAUGGGAAUUCAGGUUCCUGAACAAUUCCGCAGCGAAAUGGCUAUUCCUGGAGACUGGAGUUCCUUGCCCACUUCCUCUUCACAAGACCUCCCUCCAGAGGAUCCGUUGAGCAUUGGCGUGAGGAAGAGAAAAGCCACGGACGAGGAAGAAGAGGAGGAGCUCAUACACCAAGCCCCGAUCAGUCGCGGUUGGGGUAAUACCACCAAGGUGUUUCCAGGACAAGACUCCUCAGAUCUAAGCAGUCUUUUAUCUGGCACCGUCGCUCUCAGCAAGAAGUCAAUCAAAGCAAAGGGCGAAGCCACUACACAGGAGGGAAAACCUUCGAUUCCAGCCAAAUACAAGCUAGAACCAGACUCAGAAGACGUUAAAUCGUCUGAAGCAGGCUCUCUCUCUAAACAAGUCGGCGAGGGCCUGGAACAUUCUCUAAGCACCAAGCCCAUCAUCAAGACGGAGGAAAAUCCAGUGAAUGACUCGAGUCAGCUGGACCAGACACCUGCUGAGAUACAGGUGCCGGUUUUCAAGAAACGCAAGCCCAAAGGAUGAUUCUGGCGACUGCUAUGAAGAACACCUGAUUGUUAGCCAUGCACAGCCUCAGCAUGGCCAUUCCAGCCCAAGCUGCACUCUGCCGAAAGAACUUGUCAACCAACCAGAUAGAGCGAAAUGGCUCCUUUAGCAACAGAACUUGAAUUGGCUAAUCUUGGACGAGAUUGUAGAUAAUCUGCGAGUGUGCGACUAUCGAAUCGAGAUACCGACAGAAGGACCGAACUCGUCACACUUGAGCGUCUAUUGACGUGAUCCCAACGAGAUCGAUGUUGUACAACAUGACAAUCUUCGUGGAACCCAAGCAUGAUGGGGUUGUGUACAAGUAGGUGAGAGUGUGACCAAAAUGGCGUUCUACUCAGUUGCAUUGGGAUCAAGCCAAGGCCCCUGAGGCUCUAAACAGCAUGCAUCCUGGCGCUAGUCGUUGUAUGCAAGAGAUACAUUAUAGGCGCCGACCAGGUUCCCGUGAUCAGAUAUGUAAUGAAGCCCCCCUUGUACGAGUAUGCAGGGCUCUCCUUUUGGGUUGAGCACAGGGAAUGCAUUAUCUGAAUACGGACGCACAGGCAAUUUGCUGCAAUUUUUGGCACCGCAAAUGUAGAUUGAGAGGCAAUCCCACGUGUGGGUAGAAACUGGCGAGAUCUCUAUUAGGGAACAUUCCCAGACCCCCUGACAAGGGAGCCUGGAAGUAUGGCACUGGUAGGCAUCAAUUAUUAGACAUGGUUGAAGAAUCGAGUUAGCACUGAGGAAGUUGCCGACAACGAUCACCUCAGGAGUAUCCGGCUAUUCCACGGGCACGGGUCCAGAUUACAUAUGUUGCGAGCCUUUACGAUUCGGGAGUCGAGAUGUGCACGAUGGGCUGCCGAACGGGCUUGCCGGGCGUUUGGAGCAUGGAUGGAGACGGGCGGCCCUGGUAAUAUCCUUGUAAGUGGGCAGUGGUACAGACUAUGAGAAGCGUACGAGUACGCAUAUCGUACAGUCGAAGCCUGGAAGCGGACACCCUUGCUUGAUGGUGGUUUUGGGUGAGCCAUGAGCCUAGCGCUCGGAGAAUUGUCCAGCUUGGACCAGCUUAGACCCCUGCCGAUCGCCGCGGAUCCUGGUCAUUAAGGUAUUAUUGG